AUGGCUCCAGCAGAUAGCUCCAACGGAUGGCUCCAGCAGAUGGCUCCAGCAGAUGGCUCCAGCGGGCUGCCGAGCCGGGCACGGGCGAACCAGGCUGCCACCGCCGCUGCCUUCAUCGCCACCAGCAGGCACAGCAGCGAGGGGGACGGCCAGGGUGGGCCAGCAUCGUGCCCGCCCCACGAUGGGGAGCAGCGACGUGUCAUACGUGGGUUGCCCCUCAGGAGCGAGGAUGCUGCACCAGCGAUGGGGUUUUACCACCCCCAGGGCCACACGUGGGGUGUCCCUCAGGAGCGAGGAUGCUGCACCAGCGAUGGGGGCAGUGGGUCCCGCAGCCCCGUGCGCACGGACUGCUGCCACGGCAGGUCCGCGGGAGGUGUCUGCCUGUCUGUCCGGCGGGGUCCGGGCUGGGUGUCCUUUUACACCUCUUCAUCCUGCAGCGCCCUCCGCCCGUGUGCCAGCAGCCGCGAGGGGCCGGUCCCCAGCGCUGCCCUCGGCCCCGGACCCACAACUGCCUCCUUCCCUCACAGCCCGGACCCACAGCUGCCUCCUUCCCCCGCAGCCCGGACCCACAGCUGCCUCCUUCCCCCGCAGCCCGGACCCACAACUGCCUCCUUCCCUCACAGCCCGGACCCACAGCUGCCUCCUUCCCCCGCAGCCCGGACCCACAGCUGCCUCCUUCCCCCGCAGCCCGGACCCACAGCUGCCUCCUUCCCCCGCAGCCCGGACCCACGGCUGCCUCCUUCCCCCGCAGCCCGGACCCACGGCUGCCUCCUUCCCCCGCAGCCCGGACCCACGGCUGCCUCCUUCCCCCGCAGCCCGGACCCACGGCUGCCUCCUUCCCCCGCAGCCGGGACCCACCACCGGCUCCUUCCCCCGCAGCCCGGACCCACCAUCGGCUCCUUCCCCCACAGCACAGCCUGA